GAAGCGUGUAAAAAGAUAAGAAGACUAGUACAUAGUCACACUGUGCGUCUGGUAACUGGACACAAUAUAACGUUACUGUAGCUUAUAUCGGAUGAGUACCAGUUUGAGCAUGAAGUUGACAAAAUUUCCCGCGAAACUCUUGGCAAUUAUCAAUGACACGACGAGUUGUGGAAGUCACGAAAGGUGCUGGCGCGCAAAAAUCUGAUUGGUAAACGUUUAAAAUGCCCAAAAAUACCUUGUUUUCGUAUUUUACCAAGAGUCCAGCAGUAGCACGGAAGGCUACAUCGCCAGUGAUUGCUGACGAUGUCGGGGAACAAAAGUCCAAGUCGCCGAAGGAGACAGCCAAGGGCACACAAUCGAACGGGACGGGGAUGGGCAUGAAGAGGGGCAAAGACUGCAAGUUCAGUAUUGGUGAUAUCGUCUGGGCCAAGCUGGAAGGCUAUCCUUGGUGGCCCAGCCUAGUCUGCAAUCACCCAUCCCUAGGCUCACAUGUCAAGCAAGGCAAGAGGCCACAGGUGCACGUGCAGUUCUUUGAUGAGCCCCACAGCCGAUCCUGGAUACAAGAAAAAUGCGUGGAGCUUUUCAGGCUGCAAGACUUCGAGCGCGGAGGGAAGUUCUUCACCCAGAAACCGGACAUCGUCAAGGCGGCAAAGGAGGCUAAGAGUGCCCUCGCCAUGAAAUUAGAGGAGAGACUGAAUCUUGUUGUAUGCAUCAAAUCGGACGAGGAAGAAGAGGAUGGAGAGGAAGAAAUGGAACAAACUGGAAUGAACAGCACUGACAAGACUGGCACCAGUGAUAACGGAGAUGACACGGAUGAAGAUGAAGGGGAGGUUGGACACAAGACCAGGAGACAUGCCACUCGGGUGACCAGACGUACCCCUCGCUCAGUGGCUAAAAGUAGAAAGAGAAGGCGCAUCAUUGAGCAAUCUGACGAUGACAGUUCUGGUGACGAUUACAGACCAGACGACAGUGAAGAUUCGUCAGACAGCGGCAGUUCGGGCGUGGACGAAAACGAAGUUUCGGAACCAUCCUCGGAAUCAGAGGCCGGCACACCGCAGAAAUCGCGGAAGAGAAAACGGGGCGCCACCACUACUCCCUCCAUUGGCAAAGGGAGGAAGGUCCUGAAGCCAACUUUCAACGUUAUGACCCCUAACCCCAAGGAGCCUUCCGAACCCAAGGGCACCCCCCAGGCCCAAAAGACAUUCACCACUCCCACCGUCAGCUGUAAGACAAAGUCAAGAUUGUCAAGCUUCCUAGCUCCAGAGGCGAGCCCAGGGCCCAGUGCACCUCUUGAUAGUGACGAAUCUCGAUUUCCCCACCAGCGAUACGAAUGGCUGAAAGACGGUCAAAGAAAAGAUCUUAACGGAAACCCACAGAAUCAUCCUGACUAUGAUCCCAGGACGUUGUACGUACCCAGAAGUUUCCUGGACAAAGCAACACCUGCAAUGCGACAGUGGUGGGAGAUGAAAUCACAGCAUUUUGACACAGUUUUGUUCUUUAAGAUGGGAAAGUUUUACGAGCUCUAUCACAUGGAUGCUGAAGUGGGCGUGAAGGAACUGGGUCUGAUUUUCAUGAAGGGUGAAAAUGCUCAUUCAGGCUUUCCAGAGAUAGCCUACGGUCGCUAUAGCGACACUCUCAUCCAGAAGGGCUUCCGUGUUGCCAGGGUGGAGCAGACAGAAACUCCAGACAUGAUGCAAGAGAGAAUCAAGAAAAUGUCCAAAAUGGUGACAAAAUAUGACAAAGUGGUCAAACGAGAAAUUUGUAGGAUCUCCACGAAAGGAACGCGCACGUUCAGUUUUAUCGAUGGGGAUACGUGCGUAGCUCAGCACAGCUACCUCCUGGCUGUCAAGGAGACAUUUGAUGACAGCAGCGGAGGAGAGAGGACAUAUGGUAUCUGCUUCGUUGAUACAUCCAUUGGAAAGUUUCACCUGGGUCAAUUCCAAGACGAUCGUCACUGUUCACGAUUCCGAACGUUGAUCGCACACUACACUCCAGCCCAGGUCAUCUAUGAGAGAGGUAAACUCUCAUCCAGUUCCCAGCAGAUCCUCACUAACAAUCUCCUGUCAGUCAUCAAGGAGCCCCUGGUGCCUGGCACGGAAUUCUGGGACGCCAGCAAGACGCUUAAGACACUGGCCGAGAGCAAGUACUUUGAGGACAAGGAGGGGAAGGGGCGGAGACUGGAUGAGGAGGAGGGAGGGCAGGGAAGCAUGCCUACUGUGCUUUGGGACAUGGUUUCUGAAUCGGACACACUGGGUCAUUCAGCCAAAGAGGGCUAUGAGUUAGCAGUUAGCGCUUUGGGAGCCUGCACAUGGUACCUCAAGAAAUGCUGCCUUGAACAAGAACUCCUGUCCAUGGGGAACUUUGAGCUGUACACACCGCUGGACGUUGAUGCCAGCGUUAAGGAAAAUGUGGUGGACUUUUCAACCGGGAGACAGCAUAUGGUUCUGGAUGGAGUAACACUGAACAAUCUGGAAAUCCUGGAGAAUGUGACCACAGGGACUCCAGAGGGCACCCUACUUGAGAGGCUGGACCUGUGCUGUACACCGUUUGGCAAGAGGUUGUUCAAACAGUGGCUGUGUGCCCCUCUGUGCAACCCUAACUCCAUCAACGACAGACUAAAUGCUGUGGAAGAUUUGAUAGACAUACCAGACAAGAUGGCAGAGGUCAAUGAACUCUUGAAGAAACUGCCUGAUCUAGAAAGGCUCCUCAGCAAAAUUCACACGCUGGGUUCAGCCAGACGUAGCCGAGAUCACCCUGAUAGUCGAGCAAUCUUCUUUGAGGACACAACGUACAGCAAGCGCAAAAUCCAGGACUUUUUGACAGCAUUGGGGGGCUUCAAAACUGCUGGCGAUAUCGUCCAGAUUUUUAAGAAUUCUACCUCCAACUUCAAGUCCAACAUUCUACGGCAGUGUGUCAGCCCAGUCAGUGAUGGAGGUCGCUUCCCUGACCUCAAGGAACAUUUGGUAUUCUUUGAAAAUGCCUUUGACCAAGACAAAGCCAAGCAGGCUGGUGCUAUCAUACCAAGCAAGGGUGUUGACCCCGAAUACGACGGUGCCAUCGCUGGCAUGAAGGCAGCCAAUCAGAGACUGGAUGACUACCUGGAGAAACAACGCAAGAGGCUUGGGUGUAGGGCCGUCGUGUACUGGGGUACGGGAAAGAACCGCUUCCAGCUGGAGGUACCAGAAAGCGCCCUCGCCCGCCACACACCCGAGGACUACGAGCUGCAGUCGGCCAAGAAGGGCUUCAAGCGGUACUGGACGCCGGAGUUGAAGGAGCUGUUUGCUGAACUAGUCGCCGAGGAGGAACGCAGGGACGUGGCGUUGCGGGACUCCAUGAGGCGGGUGUUCUACGCCUUCGAUGAACACUAUGGCGACUGGGACCAAGCCAUCCAGUGUCUGUCAGUCCUGGAUGUCCUUCAAAGUCUGUCCAACGUCAGCCAGGCUGGUGACGGGCCAAUGUGUCGUCCUGAGAUCGUCCCACCAACUCCAAAUAUGCAGCCUUUCAUUGCCAUUCAAAAUGGACGUCAUCCAUGUAUUAGUCACACAUUCACUGGAGGUGAUUUCAUUCCAAAUGACACAUACAUUGGAACUACUGAUAAUGCCAUGGAAACCAACUCAGAGAUGGGUACCAGUUGCUGCGUAUUGGUCACCGGGCCCAACAUGGGUGGAAAGUCAACCUUGAUGAGGCAGGCUGGAUUGAUCAUCAUCAUGGCUCAGCUUGGUUGCUAUGUACCCGCCGAAGGGUGUCGACUGACGCCGGUGGAUCGUGUGUUCACCCGGCUUGGUGCCAGGGAUAACAUACUUUCUGGGGAAAGUACUUUCUUUGUUGAACUGAGUGAGACAUCGAGUAUCCUCCAGCAUGCCACAGCACACUCACUGGUCCUGAUGGACGAGCUAGGAAGGGGAACAGCCACCUAUGAUGGAACAGCCAUUGCUAGCGCUGUCGUCAAGGAGCUGUCUGAGACCAUCCAAUGCCGCACACUCUUCUCAACUCACUAUCACUCACUGGUUGAAGAGUUCGGUCACGACGCCAAUAUACAACUGGGCCAUAUGGCCUGCAUGGUGGAGAAUGAGAAUGAAGAUGAUCCAAGCCAAGAGACCAUCACAUUCCUCUACAAGUUUGCCGCCGGAGCUUGCCCUAAGAGUUACGGAUUCAACGCGGCCAAACUUGCCGAUAUACCAGAUGAGAUCGUUUUGGUUGCAAGGAAGAAGGCUCACGACUUUGAGAAGUCAGCUGACAGACUCAAGGCAUUCAGAACUCUACAGAGACUGAGUCUGGGGCCAGACCUUGCCAGGAAAUUGACAACCAUGCAGCAGAUGAUCCGGUUGUAAAAUAAGGGAAGAAAGGCGGCUUACUUAAUGUUCAGGUUCUUAUCUCUGGUGUAAGGAUAGUACUUUAGUUGUAGGUUCAUUGCAAUGCCAUGCACAUUUAAACACAAGUCAAGUACUUAUUUGUUGAGUCUUAGAAUUUGUUCACACAGUGAUACAGUCAUGGAUUCUGUACAGGAAAUUGGAAUGUGGUGGUUUGGGGGCCAGCUCAUGCUAUGUGUACAUACUGCAUGCUAGACGGUGAACUGCAGAGUUUACGAACGCUAGGGAUUUUUCCCACAGUACUGCCUUUUAAAUUUGCAUUCUAGCUUACAAGGGCAUUGCAUCAUGGUCAUGAUAUGCCGUCUUUUGUUACAUUAUACAACACACUUUGCAAUUUGGUGCAGAUAUGUGGCAAACGGGAACCCCCAUUGUGUCUUUAGUGUUGAUAGAGUCUGGAAUUCCUUUCAGAUUUCGGGGGGGGGUGAGUAGGCACAAUAGCCUUUAUAGCUUGUGCAUCACACAGAGGGUCCCCUUUGCCACAUAUUGUGCUUGAUAUACACUUGUAAAAUGUAAAAUACAGUACCACGCACAAGUUUGCUUUUAGCUCUGCAAAUUUAUAUUUAAUUCACGUCAUGAACUAGGUGCUUUGACCAAAAGAACUGGCAAGUUUCUUUUUGUCAAUAUUUGUGGGUUACGUACAUUUGAUUAGCUAUGAAACAAAGUCUCUGAAUUCUAUGCAAGUGUUUCUUAUUCAUUAAACCUAUUUUGUAUUCUGUUGUUGAUGUAUUGAGAUCAUGACACAUUCAUCAAUUUGAAAAAUAUUGUAAUUUGUAAAGACCGUGUUUUAAGGUCAAAAGGUUUUACAACAGUUUGGGGGCAAGAAGAAAAGCAGUGCCUAUAUUCUUCCCUUCUUUUUCUCAAAUUUAAAACUUUAUUUUCAUUUUGUAGAACUUAAACUUUCCAAUUUAAAGCUGAACGAACAUGACAAUUUUCUACUUUGUUAAUUUUAUCAUCCUCGAACUUUUGAUAAAAUAAAAUUUGAAACUUCGUUAAUUUUUUGUCUUGUUUUUCAUAAUGUUUCAGACUGUGUUUAGACGUUAAAAUUCCAAAGCGUGUUCUUCAGACUUGAUUAAAAAUGUUCAUAUUCUGAAUUUUUUGUGAUGUGGGGUAAGAGCUGGAAAGAAGACUUCCAUGUCAGUCUGGCCAUUUUUCGGUUUACAAGAUAUAAAAAAUGAAUCAAGGCAGAAGUUUACUUCAAUUCAAACAUUUUUUAAUAAAUAUUUGGUGAAUUUCAAACAGUCUCCAUCCCCUUGAAACAUCAAUAAAAAUACAACUCGGCACUGCACUAAACAGGCUCCAAUUUAUAUUUAAAACCUGCUGAUUGCUUCAAAGAAUAACAAAAUUUGCCUUAACUAUCUACAAAGAUUGUCUAUAGAGAUGUGAUUAGACCCAACAAUGUCACUGUUCUUGAAUCUUUUCAGUUUCAAGAAUGAGCAAUUCCUUGGCUGGUGGUCUGCCUGCAUUUUUUGAUGUUCUACAUGAAAGGAAAAAUUUAAGCUUUCAAAAUUUCAUCCACCAUUCUCUGCCAACCUCUGACAGUUGAACCCAGGGCUUCGAAUCAUCACCUCUAAUAAGCAUUCAAAUCCUAUAUGCUCAUGCGGGAAUGCCUUUAUACAAAAACUGUUCCAACAAUAUCAUUUUCAGUCUGCCACUUCUCGAAACCAGUGCAAAAAUGUAACUUUAGUUAAUAAAUGAUGCCUGUUUUGCCUCUUGUAGAAUGGUAAAAUGACAUCCUGGGUUUCCUAAACUUAUAUCACAGUGAACUAUUUCAUAUAUUUCAAGUUUCAAUGUUUGUAAUUUAAGAUCGAUUUCAUUCAAGUUUUCAUUUUACAUGGUAUUGUCCCAAAAUAUUAGACUAGCACCAAGUCCACCUAACCAGUGCCAAUUUCUCAUUCUUGAAAUACAUCAACCAAAGUUUUUUUAAAAUAAGAAUGUAUAUCAAGUACUUUUUUUUACAAAAUAAUUUCAACUUAAGGGUUCUCUUAAAGUUUUCAACAGCUCCAUGACACACUGAGUACCACAGAUACAUACAUAAAAAUCUCAUAAAAGUUCUGAAUUCAAUAUAAUUUCUGUAUGCCUCAAAUAAUCUUUCAAAGUUGUGCAAUAUAUAUAAUUUGAUUAUGAAUAAUUUCAGUGAAAGGGUUUAGUACAUGCAUUGAUUUAAUUUGAGUACUCUUAAAAAUAACUGUACUGAGAAAGGCAUUUAAAAUUCACAGAAAGAACUAAUUCUCAACAAUUUUAUCAGAAACAUUAAAAAAUUUGUUCAGAGGAUGAUGCUUCUAUUUGCAAUGUCUUCUUCACAACACAGACCUAAAUGGUCCGAGCAAGAUCUACUGAGGGCACUACUUGAGAGUCCUCACUUUUAAAGUGAGGACACUAAUGAUAUGUAGCAAAGUCAAGUAUGUGUAUCAACUGUGACCAGCACACCUGACCAGAAACAUUGAUCCUUAACAACACGUCUGAAGCUGAUAUCUUCCCUGGACUGAAAUGACCUCCUUUGGCCAGUACCAGACCAUGAAAAGCCCAGACCCAAGACAGCUGCAUGACAGUUUCAGAUGAAAACACACCUGUGUACUGAUGAUGGCACACUGUAAGUGCCCACGCUGUCUCCAUAGGAAACAGUACAUGAAAAGCAAAGUGUACAUAGGCCUCUUGCACGUUGCAUCAUCUACUCAACAGCACUGUGUACAUUUACAGAUUCUGAAAUUAACAAUGGCAGUACUUUCGCACAGGGCAGCCCAAAAAUGAAUGCAAACUUGUUAUAAUUAAAUCAGGAUCAAACACAUAAUCACACAGUCUAAUUCAGUUACCAAUGAGGCCUGAUUGGUUAACAGUUACAUAUACAUGUACAUGUAUUUGAUGAAAUGAAAAGUAUAUGGCAUUUUGUAAAACUUGCUGAAUGGGAAUGUAAGAGACUGUAUAUCUUAUCCACACUUCUAUUUUGGAGGGAAAAAAAAGGUUUGUUUUCCCUGGUGGAAUUUUUUGAGUAAGCUCAAGUGCUGUGUCAGGCAAGUUGCACAAUAAAAGGUUACUGAAAGUUACACAAGAAAGGACUCAAAUUCAGCCAUUUUACCAGUGUUCUUUCCACUAGAAACUGUUGGAGUUCAUGUGCCCCUUCAUUUCAGUAACAUUGUAAUAUGACCAUGAUUUCCCAGCAUAAGAAAUCGUGGGUACAGAACUGCAGUGGUUCAGAAAUGAGCUACUAAAUAUUGUGAAGUCCAUGCUGAAAAAUUAGGCGUGCAAAAGAGCAUAUUUGAUGGUUAGCGUGGAGCCAUUUUGAAACUGAACAUCGAGUCUUCUUUUAGCAGUGAUACAAGAGAUACUGAGCAGAUAUUUUACGCAAAACUUUGUUUUAUUCGAAGCUACCAUGUGUAAUGCUAUUGACAGCUACAUUUCUCACAGCAUGUGGGGAGAGAGGGCUACUGAUGUGGAGUGCCCCGAUUGGACAGUUUGUGUUGUGAUAACUUCUAUACAUGCUGUGAUUGGUUGCCAUUCAGCUCAUGGGAGCGGUCUGAGUCAAAGCUGGCAGACAAGAACAAAACAUCCAAACCUAAUCUUUGGAGCCACAAAACUUAUUUGAAAGUUACGACGAAAUUGCAUUGAGCAACCAUCCACUCAAGCUUUAAGCAGCAACUUGCCAACUUUAAAAGGAAACCUACAAAUGCCUCCCAGAUACAAGAAUUAAAUUAUUGAAACAAACAACUACCGGUAAGUACAGGCCUAAAGUAUAUCUAGCUGCUUACAUACUGGGCUGCACAACUGGUAUCCAAAUCAAAGUACAAGAGUUUGUUUCACACUUGCUUUCACUGUGUGACAGGAAUUAUGCCAAAAGAAAUUUUUAAAAACUUGGCACAAUGAAAUACAGAACUUUUUCAAAGUAAAAUAUUUCCCUUCACCAAACUGAAUCUCGCCCAAAAAUUAAUCACAUGCACCAAUCGCCUGUUUCUUUUCAUAAAAUUCUCCUAGCGAUACAAAAUGGUACAAUGUGGGCACCACCAUUUUGUAUUACAUGUACAUGUAAAAGUUCUGUAUGUACAAUUCAUAUUUACAAAGCUUCCUUUUUUGUACAGAUCAAAUCAGUCAACAGUUUCACACGUGCAUAUAAACUGGAAUUUUCCUCAAGAUUUUUAUUUUUUACACUCGAACUAAAAAGGAAAUUAUUUUGUCAUUUUUGGUGUAUAAUGGAGAAAGACGGCAUGAAUUAAAAAAAAAAAUCAGCAUCAAAACGUGGAUUCCAAAGCAGCUAGGCUGUCUGGCUCCCUAACUCUAAGAGAAAAUGCAGUCACAUGUGGCACGGGCAUCUUGACUAUACACAUCACAGCUCGUUGUAAAGCCGGGCCUAAAUUUCACAGAGCUGCUCAGUGGGAAAAUUUUUUUAUGUGC